AAGAGCUGCUCCCCGCGCUGCGCGGAGCCUGGACCAGGCGGUGGCGGUGGCGGCGGCGACAGCCAUGGCCGGGGCGCUGGCAGGUCUGGCCGCGGGCUUGCAGGUCCCGCGGGUCGCGCCCAGCCCAGACUCAGACUCGGACACCGACUCGGAGGACCCGAGUCUCCGGCGCAGCGCAGGCGGCUUGCUCCGCUCGCAGGUCAUCCACAGCGGUCACUUCAUGGUGUCGUCGCCGCACAGUGACUCGCUGCCCCGGCGGCGCGAUAAGGAAGGGUCCGUGGGGCCCUCCGACUUCGGGCCGCGCAGUAUCGACCCCACACUCACACGCCUCUUCGAGUGCUUGAGCCUGGCCUACAGUGGCAAGCUGGUGUCUCCCAAGUGGAAGAAUUUCAAAGGCCUCAAGCUACUCUGCAGAGACAAGAUCCGCCUGAACAACGCCAUCUGGAGGGCCUGGUAUAUCCAGUAUGUGGAGCGGAGGAAGAGCCCCGUGUGUGGCUUCCUGACCCCCCUGCAGGGGCCUGAGGCUGAUGCGCACCGGAAGCCGGAGGCCGUGGUCCUGGAGGGGAACUACUGGAAGCGGCGCAUCGAGGUGGUGAUGCGGGAGUACCACAAGUGGCGCAUCUACUACAAGAAGCGGCUCCGUAAGCCCAGCAGGGAAGAGGACCUCCUGGCCCCUAAGCAGGCGGAAGGCAGGUGGCCGCCGCCGGAGCAAUGGUGCAAACAGCUCUUCUCCAGUGUGGUCCCCGUGCUGCUGGGGGACCCAGAGGAGGAGCCAGGUGGGCGGCAGCUCCUGGACCUCAAUUGUUUUUUGUCCGACAUCUCGGACACUCUCUUCACCAUGACUCAGUCCGGCCCUUCGCCCCUGCAGCUGCCACCUGAGGAUGCCUACGUCGGCAAUGCUGACAUGAUCCAGCCGGACCUGACGCCACUGCAGCCAAGCCUGGAUGACUUCAUGGACAUCUCAGAUUUCUUUACCAACUCCCGCCCCCCACAGCCGCCCAUGCCUUCAAACUUCCCAGAGCCCCCCAGCUUCAGCCCCGUGGUUGACUCCCUCUUCAGCAGUGGGACCCUGGGCCCGGAGGUGCCCCCAGCUUCCUCGGCCAUGACCCACCUCUCCGGACACAGCCGUCUGCAGGCUCGGAACAGCUGCCCUGGCCCCUUGGACUCCAGCGCCUUCCUGAGCUCUGAUUUCCUCCUUCCCGAAGACCCCAAGCCCCGGCUCCCACCCCCUCCUGUACCCCCACCUCUGCUGCAUUACCCACCCCCUGCCAAGGUGCCAGGCCUGGAGCCCUGCCUCCCACCUCCCUUCCCUCCCAUGGCGCCACCCACUGCUUUGCUGCAGGAAGAGCCUCUCUUCUCUCCCAGGUUUCCCUUCCCCACCGUCCCUCCUGCCUCGGGAGUGUCUCCGCUGCCUGCUCCUGCAGCCUUCCCACCCACCCCGCAGCCUGUCCCCAGCCCGGCCCCCACCCCCUUCCCCAUAGAACUUCUACCCUCGGGGUAUUCGGAGCCUGCCUUUGGGCCUUGCUUCUCCAUGCCCAGAGGCAAGCCUCCCACCCCAUCCCCUAGGGGACAGAAAUCCAGCCCCCCUACCUUAGCCCCUGCCACUGCCAGUCCCCCCACCACUGCGGGGAGCAACAACCCCUGCCUCACACAGCUGCUCACGGCAGCCCCAGCAGCCUCACGGUUCUGCCCGUGCACAGCCAAGCCGGAGCAAGCCCUGGAGCCACCACUUGUAUCCAACACCCUCCUCCGGUCCCCAGGGUCCCCGGUAAGAUCUCGGGCACUGGGCGGUGGGGCUGUGCCCACGGCCUUCGCCCCGACUCUCCGCCCUUCUCCACCCCAGCAGGAGACAGUCCCUGAAUUCCCCUGCACGUUCCUUCCCCCGACCCCGGCCCCUACACCGCCCCGGCCGCCUCCAGGCCCAGCCACAUUGGCCCCUUCCAGGCCCCUGCUUGUCCCCAAAGCGGAGCGGCUCUCACCCCCAGCGCCCAGUGGCAGUGAACGGCGGCUAUCAGGGGACCUCAGCUCCAUGCCAGGCCCUGGGACUCUGAGUGUCCAUGUCUCUCCCCUGCAACCCAUUCUCAGCCGGGGCCGUCCAGACAGCAACAAGACCGAGAACCGGCGUAUCACACACAUCUCCGCGGAGCAGAAGCGGCGCUUUAACAUCAAGCUGGGGUUUGACACCCUUCAUGGGCUUGUGAGCACACUCAGUGCCCAGCCCAGCCUCAAGGUGAGCAAAGCUACCACACUGCAGAAGACAGCCGAGUACAUCCUUAUGCUACAGCAGGAGCGCGCGGGCUUGCAGGAGGAGGCCCAGCAGCUGCGGGAUGAGAUUGAGGAGCUCAAUGCCGCCAUUAACCUGUGCCAGCAGCAGCUGCCCGCCACAGGGGUACCCAUCACACACCAGCGUUUUGACCAGAUGCGAGACAUGUUUGAUGACUACGUCCGAACCCGUACGCUGCACAACUGGAAGUUCUGGGUGUUCAGCAUCCUCAUCCGGCCUCUGUUUGAGUCCUUCAACGGGAUGGUGUCCACGGCAAGUGUGCACACCCUCCGCCAGACCUCACUGGCCUGGCUGGACCAGUACUGCUCUCUGCCCGCUCUCCGGCCAACUGUCCUGAACUCCCUACGCCAGCUGGGCACAUCUACCAGUAUCCUGACCGACCCGGGCCGCAUCCCUGAGCAAGCCACAAGGGCAGUCACAGAGGGCACCCUUGGCAAACCUUUAUAGUCCUGGCCAGACCCUGCUGCUCACUCAGCUGCCCUGGGGGCUGCUUUCCCUGGGCAUGGGCUCCAGGGAUAAUCUCUGGGCACUCCCUUCCUGCCCCAGGCCCUGGCUCUGCCCUUCCCUGGGGGGUGAAGCAGGGUCCAGGUUUCACACUUCCCACCUCCUGGAGGCCAAGAAGAGCGGAGUCCCCGUCCCUGCUCUGCCACUGUGCUCCAGCACUGUGACCUUAGGUGACUCGCCUGCCGUCUUUGGACCGCUGUGUUUCAAUCUGCAAAAUGGGGAUGGGGAAGGUUCAAUCAGCAGAUGACCCCCAGGCCUUGGCAGCUGUGACACUGGGGGCCUAGGCUGGCAACUCCAGGGGCUCAACGAUGGGAAAAGGAGGAUGCUCUUUCUCUGUCACCUCCACCUGCUACCCGACAGGUGGGGCACAGACCUCUGUUCCUGAGCAGAGAAGCAGAAAAGGAGGUUCCCUCUCUCUGCUCCUUCACUGCUGACCCAGAGGGGCUGCAGGAUGCUUUCCCCUGGGAUAGGCCAGGAGGGCCUGAUCCCAGGAGACACCAGGGCCAGAGUGGCCACAGCAGGGCAGGCAUCGUGUGUGUGUGGACGUGUGUGUGUGGGUUUUGUAAAGAAUUCUUGACCAAUAAAAGCAAAAACUGUCUGCUGG